UUUUUUUGUCCUCUCUCUGCCUUUCCUCUUUCUUUUUCUCACAUUCCCUUUUUUCUUUUUCUUUCUUUUUCUUUUUCUUUUUUAUCACCAUUUACUAUUAUAUACGUACAUGACUGAGGGAACGACAGAAGGGUGGUUAUGGAAAACAGGUCUACUUGGCUUAUCAUCCACUCGACAUCGACGUUACUGUGUUCUUUCUGGAACUGAACUACGAUAUUACAAACAUAUGUCUGAUACACGACCAAGUGGUUUAGUUGAUCUCAAACACUAUAGAUUGGCAGAAAAGGAAUCUUCAAAACAGCAUCCUUAUGGGUUUCGAAUAAUAUCUCGAUGUAAAAACUAUCGAUCAUAUACGUUCUAUGCUGAUCAUGAACAGGGUUGUCAACAUUGGAUAGAUAUUAUUAAUGCUACUUUAGAUCCUUUAUUUGGACGGCAUCAUGUUUGCGAAGCUACUCAUCUACCUCCAACCAUGGAUGAAUCUUGUAGUGUUCUUGAUAAAUGGUUAAAUCGAUUGGAUCUGAAUGACAAUCAACAACAACAACAACAACAACAACAACAACAACAACAACAACGGGCACCAACUUUAGCAUCCUCAUCCAAUACAAGCACUGUGACUCCAUUAUCAUCUUCCUUAUCACCAAGUUUACGCCCUUUUAGAUUAUCGACUGAAUCAUUGGAUAGUAUACCUUCAGAAACAACAUUAUCGUCAUCAGCUGGUUCUCGUGCGCAUUUAUCGUUGGCUCAGAAUACAAUAUUUACUCCAUCUACAUCUUCUAGUAAUAGUGUUAUGCAACCUCCUCAUUCUCCACCUCCUCAACCCAAGACAUAUAAUAAUAACAAGAAUGGUGUAUCACGAUCAUUUUCCACUCUUAUGAAACAUCAUACUAUUCGACAACAACAACAACAACAACAAAAUUAUCCUGGCGAUAAUAAUUAUACUUUUUUAGAUACAUUGGCUUCUAACAAUAACAAGGCAUCGACUACAAACAUUUAUACUCGAAAGGAAUGGGAAUCCGAUGAUUUAUUUGAUUUUGAACAAGAUAUGAUGGUAGAUUCUUCCAAAGUAUUCCGUAGUCCUGGUGGUCUUCUUGAAACACGUCCUCCUCCUACUACUCCUUUACCUCAAGUACCUAAUUCUUGAUUGAAUAGAAAUGAAAUAUAAUCUCUUAUAGAAAUAUUCAUGUAUUAUUAGUUUAGUUUUAUUUUCAUGUAUUAUUCUUCCUUGUAUAUUCCCCCCCCCUUCUCUUAUAUAGACUUUUUUUUUUCUUUUCCUACUUCCUCUCUCUUGAUUUUUUUUUUUUUUACAUAUAUAAUAAACAACAUACUGUAAUCCUGUAGAUUUACUGAAAUCAA